AUGGUCAGGGAAAUGGUCAGAAAAAGGUGGAAAGAGCUUGAUGGCACGGAGUACCGGGUUUUCGAGCAAUUUCCCCCGGAAGUCGUGAUGAGGAGACGGCAAUUGGUUCCUAAGAUGAAGGAGGCGAGGAGGCUAGGGAAGCGGGCGUACCUGGCAUACGAUACGCUUUAUAUCGACGGCAACCCGGCAGCAAACUACAAAAAGACGACGCUGGCAGGUGGUGGUCGCAAGAAGACUGGCCCUAAACCUGAACUAACAGAAGAACAAAAACAAGAAAUACGUGAAGCAUUCGACCUCUUUGAUGCUGAUGGCUCAGGAACAAUUGAUGCAAAGGAGUUGAAGGUUGCUAUGAGGGCAUUAGGAUUUGAACCGAAGCGAGAAGAAAUCAAGAAAAUGAUUUCAGAGAUAGAUAAAGAAGGCACAGGUACCAUUGACUUCAAUGAUUUUCUAUCAAUCAUGACGACCAAGAUGAGUGAGAAAGAUGCCAGGGAAGAAAUCUUGAAGGCAUUUAGAUUAUUUGACGAUGAUGAGACAGGAAAAAUCUCUGCCAAAAAUCUCAGACGAGUCGCAAAGGAGCUCGGUGAAAACUUGACUGAUGAAGAGCUGCAGGAAAUGAUUGAUGAAGCUGACAGAGACCACGACGGAGAAAUCAACCAGGAAGAGUUCCUGCGAAUCAUGAAGAAAACCAGUCUCUAUUGAUCAUACACUGCCCUCCCCCAUUCCCUGUUUGAUAGACAUCUCCCUAACUGAAACCAGCCAACUUCGCUCAUAGGCAAUAGUUUUUAUCGUAAGAGCUAAAGAAUAUUAAACUUCUUUAAAUAAAUAUUACAUGUACAUGUAAAUAACAACAUUCGCAUGUUGUUGUUCCAUGUUUUCAUUAAAAAUAGUAUAGGGUAAAAUUAGCAUAAGCUAAGCUGCAUAUAUAUAACCAUUAUAUUUGCAUCCAUUACCGCUGGGCCCUGUUUGUGUUUUAGUCAGUGACAGUGCAGUAGAAAAAUACACACAAAGUGACAGUUACCAGUGUGCUAAGUAAAAAUCUAUGUAAUUAUUUGAAGUUGACCAAUUUAUUGACAUUCCAUUUUCAAGUUGCAGUUUCAUUUACACUUUAAAUUUUUAACUGUUCCAUUUAAUACAUGAAAUAUAUUUCCAUUUGUUGUUUCCACGCUUUUUAUGAUCUGAAAUUGCAUUUGUAAUGCUUAAGAUAUCUAGAAAAAAAUGGCAAAAAUAUAUUCCUUACAUGAUUUGAAUCUAGAUACAUGUUAUCAUUUUUUAUUUAUUUAAUAAGGUCUAUGUAUGGUUGUAUUGUUAGAAAACUUUAUAUGAGUGUUCAAGCAUUGUUUUCCCUGUUUAAGUCUAAAUGUCCAUUUGUGUAUAUAACUUGUGUGCGCAUUUUUAUGUAAAAAACAAGAUCUGAUGCAUU